CAAAUUAAAAAAAAAAAAAGACUCUUCUUAUCUAAGUAUUGAAUAGUCACCAUGGCAGGAUAAGGGCAGAGAAGGGGCUGGGAAAGAAGGAACAGAAAAGUUCAGGGAGCUAGCUGGUAGCAGUAGAAGCAUACGUGCUGGAUGGCGACCCAGACCUGAUUGGCUCCUGGCUUCGGCUCAGAGGUCUCUCGUAUGCCCAUUUGUUAUAGAUUAAUCCUGCAGUAGAAACCCCACUGACCCUCUGGGAGUUCUGUUUUUAUUUGGCCAUAGAGAGACCUGUAAUGUGUGCCAUCCAUCCCAUCAUGUUUGUGUUGACCACCAGGGGUUGUGGGAGACCGCUUAAGAGCUGGGACUCGAAUGAGUCCGAACUCCUAGCAAGGGACUGGAAAAUAGGAAAAAACUGGAGGAAAGAAGAAAGGAAAUAUAGGGCCAUGUUGAGCUCUUGCCAGCAACUCCUGAAAGAGGAAAAAAGGGGGAGGAGAAGAGCUGAAUUAUUUUGGAGGCCAGGCUGUAUGUCAUGGUUGCCUGAACUUGUCACCUUACUGAACGAAGAAGGCAAACUUGAGUGAUUUCUUCGAAGCACUAGUGUGCUUGUGCUGUUACAAUUCAUAGAGAAGGUUACCAGUAUAACUGAACGUAUGCAUUGCGUUCUUCUUUUUAAGCUGCGUUUAUAUACUUAUUACGAGUAAUUGGACCUUAGGGUAGAAAAUCGCUAUUUAGUGAUUUCAGGAUUCGCAAGUGUAGAAAUCCCAUUCUUUAAAAGAUUAAGGAAAAUUGUUACACUUGAGAUUUUUGCUCUGUAGCGACAUUCAAAACUUGUACUUUAAAGGCAGAGUUGAAAAGGCAAAAUAUAAUGCAAGUAUGACUUUUUUUUUUUAAGUUUAUUCAUUUAUUCAUGUAAGUCAUCUCUACACCCAAUGUGGGGCUGGAACUCAAGACCCCGAGAUGAAGAGUCACAUGCUCUCCCGAGCGAGCCAGCCAGGUGCCCCACAAGUAUGGCUUUCUGAGGAUGAUCUGAGUUGCAGGUUCCCAAGGUUCUUAAGGACAGGGAUCCAGCACAGAAUUCAGCACUGGAAAUCACUACUUAAUAAUACGAUGCUUGUCUUGAUGCGUUCUGUUGCUCUGGGCAAGUUGUGUGGGCUGUUAUCUCCUGAGAAAUCCCUGUAAAUGGUAUUAAUAAUGCUUUAGAAGUAGGUUGGGAGAAUUAUUUUUCUAAACCGUUUUGGAAUUCUUAGAUGAAAGGCUGUGUAUGGAGCACAUUGGUGUCAGCCCGUUUUCCCUUCUCUGAGACGGGAGAAGAGGCACCUUGGGGUGGGAAGGUUGGCCUUUGUUUUGGAGUUCUUUUCAUAAAUUGCUUUCACUGGAUUUCACAGAAGCUCCCAAGAAUAUGGUUAACUGUAAAAGGAAACAUUUUUGUAUUUGGAACUUGGGAUUAAUUAUAUGUUUUCAUCUAAGAUUUAGAACAGAUUUAAAUAGUUUGUAGUUGGCCAAACUUGGGGAAGAAAAUAUGGCCCUUUGAUGAAACUGGGGCCCACCUUUGUUUUUCUCUUGCUUUUACUGUACUUCAGAGAAGACUUAAACCUGACUUUCUGAAAAGCAGUCAAGUUUUCUUUUCAGUGUGUUGGAUCUGUGUUUUCCCACUGAUCUGUGAAAUUAAUAUUUUGCUGCCAAAUAACUUGCAGUAGGGGCUGGAACAAAGUUUUCAUCUACAUUCAUUUAUACAUUCAAACAUGCAUAUUCCAAUGUAUCCAUGUGAACACAGCUUUGCUUGGAAGAUUUAAAAUCAGAUUCUUGCUUUAGAGAAGUUCAGUCUAAUAGAGCAGGAUAAUAUAUAUGCAUGAGUAACUAUAAUGCCUGGUGCUUUUGAAAAAUGCACGUUUUUUUCCCCCUGAAUUACCUAUACUUAAAAUAAUGGGGGAUGAAGAGCAAUGUAAAUAGUUUAGAGAAACUUAAUACUAGGUUUUACUGUUCACGCAUUUGCAAGAAACUUUCUGGUAAAGACAGGAAAAAUGACCCAGUCUAGACGCAUGGGAAGGAAGGUAGGGCUAAUUUACUACCUCUUGGUGCCUUGAAACCAGAAUUGACAGGUGCAGUGGUAUUUGUCUCCCCGCACCCCCAAUUAAAAUGGCACCUGUUGAAGUGAAAAGCUUUUGAUCUGGGUUGAGAGUGUACUUUUUUGUUCUCUUUAAAAAAAUGUAUUCCUUAUUGUUACAUCUGCUUUGCUGCUUGUGAGACUGAUGAGCUAAAUAAGCCCUUUCCCCCAACUGUGCGGGGAUUCCCGGUGAAUUUUCCAAUGUAGUCACUCGAUUUACAUCAUUUGCUUCCUUUUUCUUGCAACAGAUUGUGUUUAAAAUCUUCAUAGCUUUGCUAACCUUUUAGGGUUCAGAUUUACUCUCCAUUCAGUCUGUGGUCUUUAGCUUUUGGCAAACUUUCAAAGAAACCUCUCUUUUGCAGAGACUGCACCCACUUUAUUCUUCCACACUUGGGUGGUGGAGAACCAAAGGUCACUUGAGUAAUACCUGACCUGCCACCACUUUAGCUCAUGCUCUAGCCGACACUCUCUUGCCUCGCAACUGCCUCUGCCCUAGUUUGGAGGGGGUCUGGCUUUUGAGGGCCCGUGAAGGUAAUUAAUGCAAACAGCCACUUUGCAAGUGAACUCUGAGAGUUCGGCCUAUUUGUAGUGGAGGUUCAGCAACUCACAAUGCUUGGCUUUAUGGGCAGUUUACAACCCAGCCAGAUUCAGUUCUCAAAAAACCAAAACCCCAAGGACCCUGCCUUUAAUCAGAGAAGAACGAAAAACAUAGGCUGACCUAACUGCAAGGUGACGGCAAAUGUUUUAAAGUGCAGGAGCUUUGACCCUCCCCUCCCCCAUUUUGCUAUGAUUGUCGAGGUAUUUCUUUGAAAGCCAGAGGACACUGUCAGUAAUUGCUAAAAUAAUAGCUAUCUCUUGAGCGGGUAUUAUCGUAGUGUGGACAGGGGCCCCAUUAUUGCGCACGUUCUGUGCUGUGCGGCAGGGAGCCGGUUGCUAGGUGCGUCUGGACUCCGCGGGCCUGGGCCGCCGGGAACCCGAGCCAGCUGGGGGCGGGGCCUCGGGACCCCGCCAGUGCGCAUGGGCGACUGUCUUCUCCUACGGACCCCCUUCAGUUUCCGCCAUGGUCGGAAACGUAGCGAAUGCAGUUAGCUGAGUGUCAGCUGAGCGCGCCGGUCGCCGGAAUGUCUGAUGAAAAAGGCUCCUUGAGGGGAGGCGUAGAGAAAGGAGAGGAGCCAGCGGGGACCAUCGCUGGUAGUGCGUUCUCUGUGAAGCGGGUGGAGGACGAGGAAGAACCGAUGAAGGUGGAAGUGGCGGUGGGGGCUGAUGGCUGCCCUGACGACCUCAGCUGCCGGGAGGCCGACAUAGACCCAUACCUCCUAGGGCUUGCGGAUGACGAGGAGAAAUGCCGGAAAAUCCGCAGGCAGUACCGACAGCUCAUCUAUAGUGUCCAGCAGAACCGUGAUGACAUAGUGAACACGGCGAGCGACACGUUAACCGAGGCCCUUGAAGAAGCCAAUGUCCUGUUUGAUGGAGUGAGCCGAACCAGAGAAGCAGCACUCGAUGCCCAGUUUCUUGUUUUGGCUUCUGAUUUGGGUAAAGAGAAAGCAAAGCAACUGAACUGUGAUAUGAGCUUUUUUAAUCAAGUAGCGUUUUGUGACUUUCUGUUUAUAUUUGUGGGCCUGAACUGGAUGGAAGAUGAUGAACGUGAUGAAUUGAGUGGCUGUGAUGAUAAUAUAGCUCUUUCCUUCUGGGAGACAGUACAGAAGGAAGCAACAUCCUGGAUAGUGCAAGCUGAAACAUUCCACUUUAUUUUUGGUUCAUUCAAGUCUAAGCCUUCUGCACCAAAGCCCCGACUUGAACACCAGAAGAAAGCUCACAAAAUGGAAGAAAAUGGGGCUAUGCCUACAAAGCUGAGGAAGUUGGACCUGAGUAAUAAUCAAGAAGCAACAGAAAAAGAAGUAGAAAGAAUCUUGGGAUUGUUGCAAACUUACUUUCGAAAGUAUCCUGAUACUCCCGUGUCCUAUUUUGAGUUUGUGAUUGAUCCAAACUCUUUUUCUCGCACUGUGGAGAAUAUAUUUUAUGUUUCUUUCAUUAUAAGGGAUGGUUUUGCAAGAAUAAGGCUUGACCAAGACAGGCUGCCAAUAUUAGAGCCGAUUAAUAUUAACCAAGUGGGUGAGGGAAAUGAUCCCAGUUCUCAUGGCAGGAGACAAGGAGUUAUAUCUUUAAGUUUACAGGACUGGAAAAAUAUUGUGGCAACUUUUGAGAUUUCAGAGGCUAUGAUCACAAACUCAUACUAGGGACUUUUGUUCUUAGUAUAGGAUGUAUUUUGUGGCUUUUCCAAAGUUAUCUCAAAAUUGAGAGUAAGAUCCAAGCAGAAGCACAUAGUGUAUUUCAUGUAAAGUGAAAAAGUAUUUUCAAAACAUCAGAAAUUGUUUUACUGUGCAAUGUAUUUUUUUUUUGGUAGUUUAUGAAGUUGUCAUGAUCUGUUAUUAAAAAAUAUUCAUUGGCAUGUUCACGGAAAGAUUUUUUUUGAAUGCCCAUUAAGACUUUACCAAUAAAAGUCAGUUCUGAAUUUCCUAA